UUUAUUUGUUGUACUUUGCACAUAUAGAGGAUUUUCACAGACCGCAAAAGGGGCGGAACUCACCCAAAAUUGCGUGUUCCUGGGCAGAAUGGGCAAUGUUUUUUACAUGUUUUUUUUACAUGUAUUGAACAUAAAAUAUAAGAAAACACUUUUUAAAUGUAGCUCCCUAUCACUGGGUGUACCAUUAGGUGUCCAUGGGUGGGUGAUGCACCUCCACCUUUCACUCAUGUUAGUACUGGUUAGCUCUUGGGAGUGGGCAUAGGUGACCAGAGGUGUUCUGUUCACGUGGGCCUUAUAGUAAUAUUCAUAUAGGAACACAUAGGUGGUAUGGGGCAGGGGGUGCAGUACACAGUGUCGGACUGGGGCAUGAAGGGCCCACCGGGGGAAUGCAGUUAUAGGGACCCAUACUUAGGGGUGUGGCCAGCCUACAAAGGGGGUGUGGCCAGCCUCCACAGAGGCUUGAAAUACACAAAAGUUCAGUGCAGUGUAAUGCAACAUAUCUACCAUGUAUAAUACAGGUGCACAGUCUGGAACCUGAUCCCUAGAGGAAGGAGUGGGCCCUCAGGCAGUGGGGCCUACCGGUGGUUUCCCUGGUACCCCUGUGGGCCAGUCCGACCCUGGCAGUACACACGGGUGUUACAGUAACAUGGGCACAGACCGUCUCUCAUUCACAAACAAUGGAGAUUUAUUUACGCUCCUCCCAGUUCCUCCCCAGCACAGGACCUGAGAUAUUUACACCAUUAUGUGCAUCUCCUAUAUCUCCCCCUGCACAAAUCCUAGGCAGCAGUGUCUCAUAAUGUGGGCAUGUUGUGUAGUAACACUCACGUUUCACCAUUAGCCUCACAGGCUCUCACAUUAUCAUCAUCUCCCCUUGCUGGGCUUUGUGGUUCUUCAGCACUUUUGCCUCUAUCACACAUGCAGCCCCCAUCUCAUUUUCAGCUAUAUGAGGCACUGAGGUAACAUCUGCAGUGUGCGCCUCCUCCUGCCAGCAGCUGUCUCCUGCCCCUUCUCCUCACGCACAACUCUAACUGUCACUAACUGCCCAUGCCUCCUGGUGCCUCACUGAUACAUUACCAUCAUUAUUAUAACUGUAACAAUAAGUUAUAAUCCACAAUGCCAAGCAAAACUGCGAGGCUGAAGAAGGUGAAGAAAGGAGUGGCAACACACCCUGGCAAAGAACAGCCCCCCAUACCCAGCGGGAAGGUGUUUGGUGUGCCACUCGCUGAGCUGGAGAAAGACGGCCUGAUGAUGGAUGGAGUGCCAGCAGUGGUGUGGAGCAUGGUGGAGUACUUGCGCAGUGAAGGGAUAAGUUAUGAAGGCAUCUUUCGGGUGAACGGAAACGUCAAGAUGGUAAAUGAACUCCGUGACAGAUAUGACCGGAGUGAGCCAGUGACGCUACCUGAGCAAGGCAAUGUCCCUGCCGCUGCCAGUCUACUGAAGCUCUUCCUCAGAGAGAUCCCGGACGGGCUAAUCUCCACUGCAGUACUUCCCAACCUUAUGCAGUGUUACCAGGAGAAUGAAGGAGACACACCACCAGAACGCAGCUGGAUGGAAGUGAUAAAGGAGUUGCCGGAAGCCCAUUACCGCCUGCUGAAUUACAUCUGCCAUUUUCUGGCACAGGUGGCUGCACAUAGUGCAGACAACAAAAUGGAUGCCAACAAUCUGGCCAUAGUGUUUGGACCAAACUGCUUCCGUGUGGCUCCUGACAUUGAUGGAGUAAAGCAGCAAGCGAUCUGCAAUAAGAUCAUGGCAGAGCUGCUUAAUGAAUAUGCCAAGACAUCGAACGCAUGUGAACACACCAAUACGGACAAGGUGUGUGAAACCAAGCCUGAAGAACUGCUUGAGGAAGCUGAGGUGCAGGAGCCACCACAUGAGAUCCCCCAGGCUAGCCUGAUGGUGGCAGAGAGCCUGCCCUCCCCUGACUGCAUGGACCCGGAUGGUGACAUGCCCAUAGUAACCAGCGCAGACUCCCCUCACAGGGAGAUGAAUAACGAGGAAAACGCAGCUUCUGGGUGCAGGAGAUUGGAAGAAGCUGAUGAGAUGCCCAAGGUGGACAUCUAAUGUCAUAAACAAACAUUGUAUUUACUUCAAACAAUGUAUCCACCUCAAAGUUGUAUAUCUACCUCAAACUUUGAAUCUACCUCAAACAAUGUAUCUACCUCAAACAUUGUAUCUACCUCAAACAAUGUAUCUACCUCAAACAAUGUAUCUACCUCAAACAUUGUAUCUACCUCAAACAAUGUAUCUACCUCAAACAUUGUAUCUACCUCAAACAAUGUAUCCACCUCAAAGUUUUAUAUCUACCUGAAACUUUGUAUCUAACUCAAUGUAUCUACCUCAAACAUUGUAUCUACCUCAAACAUUGUAUCUACCUCAAACAAUGAAUCUACCUCAAACAAUGAAUCUACCUCAAACAUUGUAUCUACCUCAAACAAUGUAUCUACCUCAAAUUUUUAUAUCUACCUCAAACAAUGUAUCUACCUCAAACAAUGUAUCUACCUCAAACAUUGUAUCUACCUCAAAGUUUUAUAUCUACCUCAAAGUUUUAUAUCUACCUCAAACAUUUUAUCUACAUCAAAUUUUUAUAUCUACCUAAAACAUUUUUGUAUCUACCUCUAAGUAUCUACCUCAAACAGUAUAUCUACCUCAAAAUUUAUAUCUACCUCAAACAAUGUAUCUACCUCAAAUUUUUAUAUCUACCUUAAUGUAUCUACUAUACCUCAAACAACAUAUCUACCUCAAACAACAUAUCUACCUCAAACAACGUAUCUACCUCAAAUUUUUUAUAUCUACCUCAAACAAUGUAUCUACCUCAAACAACGUAUCUACCUCAAACAACAUAUCUACCUCAAACAAUGUAUCUACCUCAAACAACAUAUCUACCUCAAAUUUUUAUAUCUACCUCAAACAUUGUAUCUACCUCAAACAACGUAUCUACCUCAAACAACGUAUCUACCUCAAACAACAUAUCUACCUCAAACAACAUAUCUACCUCAAACAACGUAUCUACCUCAAACAAUGUAUCUACCUCAAACAACGUAUCUACCUCAAACAACGUAUCUACCUCAAACAAUGUAUCUACCUCAAAUUUUUAUAUCUACCUCAAACAUGGUAUCUACUUCAAACAAUGUAUCUACCUCAAACAACGUAUAUCUACCUCAAACAACAUAUCUACCUAAAACAAUGUAUCUACCUCAAACAACAUAUCUACCUCAAACAACGUAUCUACCUCAAACAACGUAUCUACCUCAAACAACAUAUCUACCUCAAACAACAUGUCUACCUCAAAUUUUUAUAUCUACUUCAAACAAUGUAUCUACCUCAAACAACAUAUCUACCUCAAACAACGUAUCUACCUCAAACAAUGUAUCUACCUCAAACAACAUAUCUACCUCAAACAUUUAUCAACCUCAAACAAUGUAUCUACCUCAAAAUUUUAUAUCUACCUUAAACAACGUAUCUACCUCAAACAACAUAUCUACCUCAAACAACAUAUCUACCUUAAACAACAUAUCUACCUCAAACAAUGUAUCUACCUCAAACAACAUAUCUACCUUAAACAAUGUAUCUACUUCAAACAACGUAUGCACCUCAUACAUUGUAUCUAAUAAAAAA